AUGUCUUCCAGUUCCGAAGGUGGAGAUCUCAGGAUGGUUCCCUGGAGGAGCUGGUUGCCAAACACCAACACCGGUCAGAAAAAGCCAAAGGGAAGAGACCCUGGAUGGAAGACAUCACUCAGAGGAGGAACCAGCUGCUCCCACAAAACCCUCCACCAAAUGGCAACAAAUAGAUGGAGGACAACAGAUGAUGGAACCAGUCCACAUCAGACUGGCACAAUACAGCUACUGCAUACCCCAAGCCAGCUGACAUUCAUGCCAAUGAUGGUGGUGAUUCAACUGCAAGGAAGCCCAAGCCCAAGCCAAGAAUCAGAUCCAAUGGUAUACAUCCAUAACACAAUUACACACACUAAUCAAUGUCAGGAGUUGAUCUGGUGGGUAGGAAUUCAAAUGCCAGGCCUAGAGGCCAUGCAAUGGACAGGGAAGAUAGACUGUUGGAUCAAGCAGAAGAGGAUGUGCACAGUGCAAGAAUUGCUGGUGAAUUACCAGCCCCAUAGCUACCAUAUACCAUAA